AUGCUUUACAUAAAGAAUAUAGACACAGGAGGCAGUCAGAAGAGAAGAUGCGAUAAGACGCUAACGUCUUGCAGUCGAUGCAUCAACUUUCAGGACUUACAGCCCCAUUGGCACAAUAUCAGUUCGCGGCGUGUAGGUAUGGACAACUACUUUGUCGGUCUGGUCAUGGAAACCCUGACGAAGCAAUGUGUAUCCGUGGAGAGAGUGCUUGAGGAAUACUUUUGCGAUAUCCAUCCCUGGUUCUCAGUGAUCAUAGAGCCAGGUUUUCGGAAACGUCUGUCUCAUCGCAAGCCUUGCGCGGAGACCGCAAUGCUCCUAUUAACAGUGUUUAUGGUUACUGGCUCACAUGAUCAAUCUAGCAACGAUACUCACCGGACGAGGAUCUACCAGAUUGGCAAAUACUUAUUUUCCUUUCUACAGCUCCCACGGGAACCUUCAUUGGAGAUGGUGCAGAGUGGAUUGUUGCUGGUAUUGUACGAGCUGAGAGCUUCCCGGCUCAACGAGGCCUCUGAGAGCGUUGGGAAUUGCGCCAGGCUGGGAUACACUCUCCGCUUGAAUAUUGAUCAUGAACGAAGAAGAGUCUGGUGUGGAUUAUACAUGUUAGACCGGAUCAUCUGUCAAAUAGCGACUGAGUUUCGGGCGCCACGCGCAGUAGAAGAGCCCGACGCCAAUUUUCGGCUGCCGAUAGACGACGUCUUUUGUUAUAAACCGAAAACACAGCUGCCAGGCAAUUCUCAUCCGUCUUUCUCGACGCCGCUUCAGGUUCCCUUGUGUUAUUUUGCCCGUGAGAUCCAGACAUCCCGCAUCCUCGGACAAGUUCAGUUGCUUUGCCGGUCAAGUGACGCUGAUUGGUCCUAUCAACAAUUUGCAGUUCUCGACCGCACACUGAUGCAAUUCAUGGAGACCCUAUUCGAGCAAACGCCCGGGAGUUGGGCAGUCCUAUGUGGGGCAAACGCCAUUUGCUUAGCGUCUGCAAUAAUUCUCCAUCAAGACCGUCUAUCCCGAGCAGCUCGUGGAGCAAUUUCAUCCUCGGAUCUGGAUACCUCCUUCCUUGCAAUCACGACUUAUAUUAAGAUGGUCGGAGAUAUCUGCUCCAAAUUUGACGCCCUUGAGCCUAACAGAAAGAUACCUUGUGUACCCCUACCAGCCGUGAUGUGCACGGGAGAAGCUGUCCUCGCAGUCAGAUAUCCCAAACAGUCGUAUGGGCUGGCGUUUCACUUCGAUGAAGAGCCUUUCCGACGCAUCCUUGUCCACGCUACAAGAACAUGGAAUCUUGCUGAUGAGUAUCUCCGACGGACAACAGACGUGACUCGGUUUCGAUAAAAUUUCUUCAGAUAUACUGCUGUGUAAUAAAACGUUUCUCAGGAAGGAUAUCCGCUUGCCAAAUAAGGUAGGGGGGAUCCCUACUAAUCAACCCUCCAACCCAACCUACUUGCGGAACUGCCUCUCUCCGGGUCCGUUAGUUGCGCUACUAGAUUCAACCACCUACUAGCUCACGGCAUUACUAAGUCUAGAGGGC